AUGGUUUCACGAACGACCAAAAUCUCGAUUCUCCUUGCUCUAACGAGUUGCUUGUUUGUCGUCGAACUCACCGUUGGUUACGUUGUAGGAUCUCUUGCCCUUAUUGCCGAUGCAUAUCACAUGCUCAACGACGCGAUGAGCAUGUGCAUUGCACUCUAUGCUGUCCGGGUCGCAAAGCGGUCAGCUGAUUCGAAAUACUCAUACGGAUGGCAUAGAGCAGAGGUGAUUGCUGCUCUUAUAAACGGAGUCUUUCUCCUUGCGUUGUGCUUUUCCAUCAUCAUGGAGUCAUUAGAGCGUUUUGCACACGUCCCAGAGAUUAAAGAUCCGCGCCUGGUCGUUAUUGUUGGCUCUGUGGGCCUCGGGUGCAACAUAUUUGGCAUCUUCCUCUUCCAUGAUCAUGGUCACGACCAUGGAAAUGGUGGUCACAUCCAUGCAAAUUUACCAGAAACGAAGGCUACUUUGUCACCGGGGGUAACUGAGCCAGUCACGUCUUCGAUUCCAGGCUCGCCUAUAGCUCCCGUCCGGCGCUCAAACUCUAUCCACUCGCUCUAUGGCCAUCCCGCACAGAACCGUAUGGCCUUGCAGCAAGCCGCUCAACAAAGUUACUACGAAAUGACCCUCGCAAGGAGUCAUGAUGAUGCUCUCGAUACCGAGGAGCGCGGAGGGGACGGAAUUGUUGUUCGACAAGCCGAAAGUGGGGAUGAAAGGCGAGGAAUCACGCCACCGAGGCUCUCAAGUAGCCAUGGGCAUCAACAUGUUCAACCUAGGAAGGACGGUGCUCUCAAUAUUCGUGGCGUGUUGCUUCAUGUCAUCGGCGAUGCCUUGGGCAGCGUCGGGGUGAUCAUCUCCGGGCUUAUUAUCUGGCUCACAAAGUCUAAAAAACGGUUCUAUGCCGAUCCGACUCUUAGUUUGAUCAUCACUAUUCUCAUCAUCUGCUCUGCAGUCCCAUUGGUACGUUCUGCGGGGUACAUUCUGCUACAAGGUGUCCCCUCAGACAUCUCUCUUACCGACGUUCGGCGCGAUAUUCGAUCUGUGGAUGGUGUAGAAUCUGUGCACGAGCUUCAUGUUUGGCAGCUUUCAGAGGCGCGACUGAUCGCAUCGGUACAUAUCAAAGUGUCGCCCACUAGGCCGUAUAUGGACAUUGUGCGAGAUGUCAAGAGCAUGUUGCAUCAGGCGGGCAUUCAUUCUGGAACGGUGCAACCAGAAUUUGCAGACGAUGGAUCAGAUACCAAGUGUGAGGUUACUUGCCCUCCGAACACUUGUGGUGUCAAGCAAACCUGCUGUCCACUUGAACCAAUCAAGGAGACGUAA